AUUGUUAUUGAAAAAGGUAGAGAAAUGAUAUUCAAAGUAAAUAAAAAAUAUUUAAAUUUCAAGAAGGGCUGGCUAUGAAUAGAUAUAGUGUGGAUGUGGAGCAUAAAAGGAAGUUUUUUGAAGAAAUGAAGUGGGCCCCCUUCAAUGUCUCUCGAUUAUUCUCGGCUCAUUCAACAUUUUGGAUGUUGGGAUAUGAUAUAUUGUCCAAAGAAAUGGACAACAUUCUCAGCUUUUAUGUUGAUAGAGGAUGUAAUUGUCCAAUGAAAGUUUGGUUCACGAGAGAAGAGAAAAUAAGCCGAAAAAGUAAAGAAAUGUUAAAUAAAUGGUUUGAAGUUACUGAAUUUGGAAAUUCAAAAUGCCCCAAAAUCCGCACAGAAGAGACUUAUAAUUUAAUUGGGAAUAUUGAAAUUGAAAUUAAUUUUAAAAUAUUUAUUAACAAUUUAAAUGCAACGGCAACAUUCAAACUUUACAAUAAUGAAAGAAAUAUUGGAAUUUAUGUUUAUGAAGACAGAAUUGUUUUCGAGAAAAAUGAUGUAAACGGAGACUGGUCCCAAUCAAAAAUAGACAUUUUGCCGAACAAAAAUAUUAUGAAAGAAGGAAUGACCCUCAAUAUAAUAAUAAAGAUGUUUAAAUUUUAUUGUGAAUUUACUAUUGGAAAUGAAACAAGAACAUUUACAAAUAAAUUUUGGUAUAGUAAAUGGUGGUAUGGAAAAAAAUAUUUAACAUAUAAAAAGUUGGAAGUGGUUGGAGACUUUAUUCGGGUAAAUGCAAUUACUGAAACAGAAAAUGAGGUGGUUUUAAAAUUAAUUUUUAAAAGAGGAAAUUGGGUUUUGAAUAUAUAUGAUCUUGAUUAG